AUGCGAAUACUCUUACUUUCUUUUCUCUCUGUUUCGCUCCAUUAUUCACUAGGAUUGGAUAAAGGUAGUGGUUUUACUGCCACGUUUACUUUUUCAGGUCUUCGAAUUUACACGUGCCUCCAGAAGGAUGUUGAAGAACCGACCGAAUGUAAUCUCUUUUUUAUGACCGAGAACGACGAACAUGUUACAAUUACUGACAACGGAUGCUUUGUGGUGCGAAACUUUAUUAAUCUAUAUAAGAUUAGUGUAUAGUCUUCUGACCAUUUGAAGGCUGUAUUUUCGUUCCUUUUAGGAAAGAUCAAGCAAUGGGCAGCUCAGGAAUUACUGCCCUCUUCAAUGUCAGACCUCGGAAGUUGUAGAUAUAAUACAACAACAACCUGAACAGACAAAAGAUGUCUGUAUUUUGGGAGAAUCGAUGGGAAUAGUGAAAAGAAGACGAGAUUGGUUCUUCUGGAGAACUCUGGAAUGUGCAUUAGUCGAGUCUCAAUUCGAAAUUCGUUGUGGCGAAAUUAUGACAAACGAACCUUUUAAUGUCAUCGACCCCGAAAUUGAAGGAAGUGGUCAAUAG